AUGUCUUUCUUCGUUAAGCAAACCCUCCCCCCUUGCUUCUACCCUCCCCCUGCUCCCGUUUCUACUUACUGUACUGAUAUGGAAGUCGACGAUCCUGUCGAUAACCUUCUCUCUUCCUCUUUCUUCACUUCUCCCUCUUUCUCUUCAUUUUCCAUCCAGACCCUCCCCACUGAGAUGGACAUUGAUGAAGAGCCUUAUUUUGCUUCUUCUGCGUCUUCUUCUCAGGCUUCUCGAUCCCUCUUCUCUCUUGAUAACUGUGGCUUCCGCCGCAAUUCCCCUUCCUCUUCUUCUGCUUCUCGUAUCAACCCCUUCGCUACUUCUUCUACUCCUUCCAACCCCUUCGCUACUUCAUCUGCUUCUUCCAAUCCUUUCUCUACUUCUGCAUCUCGUUCCAACCCCUUUGCUCCUUCUCCCCCAAGUGGCCCCAAGAACCCCUUUGCUGGAGAGUCUUCUCAAAAGCAGCGACGCAAGAGAGGCCCCAAGGCCUCUCGAGGCGUCAAGGGCAAGGCCCAUAAGACUGAAACCAAACCAAAGAACCCUCGCAAUGGCGGUAACCGGGUGGGCAAGGCCAAGUACCAGAAGAAGCAGUCUCCUAAGGAUUCGGGCAAGUCGAAGCCAACUGGUCAGCAGCGCAAGCAGCAACCCAGAAGGCAGAGACAAACCCGCGGCCCAAGGGAGUCUGCUUCCAAACGGACUGACCCUACCAACCCAUUCCUUAUCCCUUUCGCGUGGGGAACUGGUUUUGGUGAACGUAACUAA